AAUUCUCGUCGUUCUCAGAGCCCUCUGUUUUGCUUUUGUUCCAUUUUGAUCAGAGAAAAAACCUCCAUUUUCGUUGAGCUCUCUCUUUGCCUUUUAGCAUUCAAUCUUUUGGUCGCUUUUUCUUUUUUGUUUUUUCUCUCCUUAAGCCAUGGAUUCUUGCAGUAAAUUAAUCCUCAAUUCAAAGUCUCCUUUCGACAACAUCGUUUUCGCAGAUUUGGAUGAUACUUUGUACCCUGCCAGUACCGGAGUAGCUUCAGCUUGCAAGAAAAACAUAGAAGAUUUUCUUGUUGAGAAAUGUGGAUUUUCAGAGAGCAAAGCUUCAUUUCUGCGAGUUGAGCUUUUCAAGACCUAUGGAAGCACGCUUGCUGGUUUGCGAGCAUUAGGAUACGACAUCGAUGCCGACGAUUAUCACAGUUUCGUGCACGGAAGAUUGCCGUACGACCAAAUCAAAGCGGACUCACAACUCCGAAACCUGCUUCUUAGCAUCACCCAGAGGAAAAUUAUUUUCACAAACUCGGAUAGGAAUCACGCGGUUAAAGUUUUGGAUCGGCUUGGAUUAAGUGACUGUUUCGACGAAAUCAUAUGCUUCGAGACGAUGAAUCCAAACCUAUCGAAAUCAAGUCGUCCAGAUGAGUUUCCUGUCGUUCUUAAGCCAUCCAUGGAUGCUAUGAAAAUUGCUGUGGCUGUUGCCGACGUGGAUCCUCGACGAACGCUGUUUCUCGACGACAGUGUCCGUAACAUCGCUGCUGGCAAAGCCGUGGGUCUUCGAACUGUUUUGGUUGGUAAAGCAGCAAAAAGCAAAGAAGCAGACUAUGUAUUAGAGACGAUCAACAAUUUGGCACAAGUAAUACCAGAGAUAUGGGUAAGCAAAUCGGACGGUGGUGAUCAAAGGAUCAGCCGAACCAGGAGUGAGAUUGAUUCCAUUCUCUCAACCACUGCCGUUGGAGCUUGAUUGAGAAAAAUCUUGAUCAAUCAUGAUAUGUCUAUAUUGCAUAGUGUGUUCAUAUAUGUAACAUGUAUAUGAAAAUGGAUUGUGCAUAUUAUCCUAAUUCCGAAGUGUACUUUUGUAAAAUCUACUGAUUAAUAAAUAUUCCAAAGCAGACCGACCCAACAAAA